CCGGACAAUCUGCGGUAGCUGGACACGGUUAGCAUGCUAACUGAUGAAAUGGUCCCUGCACAUGUUCGACAAAUGAUGCUGAUUAAAGAAGAAGCUCCUGAAGAAUGGAGGCCUGGUGUGUCCCAUUUGGACUCUCAACCUCUCAGCAUAAAAGAGGAGGAAGAAAACCCAGAACCCCUCAGCAUAAAAGAGGAGGAGCAGGAACCUUGGACCAGUCCAGAGGGAGACCAACUGAAUGUGAAGGAGGAGACUGAUGUCACCAAGUUUUCAAUCACUACAGUUCAUUUAAAAAGUGAAGAUGAUGAAGAGGAACCUUUAUUAUUACGGCUUCUUCAGUACCAAGUGGAGGACAGAGAUCUUCCAAAUUGCAGCUCAGCUGAUCAGAUGGAAGAAGGAGCUGAUGCUGAGGAGUGUGGAGGAGCAGAAACUACCAGAAAAGACAAUUCCAGCUCUUCAGAGACUGAGCUCAGUGAUGAAUAUGAAUAUGGCAAGAAUAACAAUGUAGAGUUACGCAGGAAGGUUCAGACAGAACCAAAAUCAUUUAAAUGUGAUCACUGCAAUAAAAUAUUUACCAGCAAAAAAAAUCUAAACACACACAUGAGAGUUCACACAGGAGACAAACCAUUUCCUUGUAAGGUUUGUGGACAAAGAUUUAGCCAGAAGUCAUCCUUAAAUACUCACUUGAGAGUCCACACCGGAGAGAAACCGUUUCCUUGUGAUGUUUGUGGACAUAGAUUUAGCCAAAAGGCAUCUUUAAACUCGCACAUUAGAAUUCACACAGGAGAGAAACCAUUUCCCUGUGAUGUUUGUGGACAAAGAUUUAACCAAAAGCACAUUUUAAUUUCUCACAGGAGAAUCCACACAGGUGACAAACCAUUUCCUUGUGAAGUUUGUGGGCACUGCUUUAGCCACAAGACGAGUUUAAAUUCACACAUGAGAAUCCACACAGGAGACAAACCUUUUCCUUGUGAUUUUUGUGGACAAAAAUUUAGCUGUAGGGCUAGCUUAAAUUCUCACAGAAGAAUCCACACAGAAGACAACCUGUUUCCUUGUGAUGUUUGUGGACAACGGUUCAGUCAUAAGAGAAGUUUAAACUCCCACAUGAGAAUCCACACCGGAAGUAAACUGUUUCCUUGUGAUGUUUGUGGACAAAAGUUUAGUCGUAAGGCAAUUUUAAUCUCACAUUUACGAAUCCACACAGGAGACAAACCUUUUCCUUGUGACAUUUGUGGGCAAAGAUUUAGGUCAGUGGGCAAGAAGGCGGAGGAGUUACAGAUCCAAACCGAGGGGAGUAGUGGUGGAGAGAGGAGCAGGUUGAUUCAGACUGAAGUGUUUGUGGUUUGGUAG